AUGGCAUGCCAAGAUCUUCUUGUUUUCAUGGUUGUUGUUGGGGCAUUUGCUAUCGAAUCGUCACCUUCACCAGUCCCUCCCAAGGCAUCUUCACCUUCGAAGACACCAUCUCCUUCAUCUCCGGCUUCUUCCCUCAAGUCCCCCUCCAUUAAGUCAUCGUCACAAUCCUCUAAUGGCUCCUCUUUUUCACCAUCAAAGUCCGACGAAGGAGUACCCAAUUUAUCUCAUCCCAGAUCCCCAAAUAGCUAUUCAAGCUCUUCUUCCCCUAGCCCUAGUCAAAGCGACAACCCUAACACCAACAAAGGAUACUCUUCUGAGGUUGAGUCUCCCGAGGAGGAUUUAUUGGAUAUUGGUGGCUUGACCACAUCAUUGGCAGUAUCGUCUACAUCUUAUUGGCAGCUUGUCUACAUUAUUAGCGAUUUACUAGGAUUUACUUGCAGCUUAUCUGCAUUUUUGGUGGGUCAUCCACAUUACUGA